CCCAAUCUUGAAUGUUGACAUGAUUUUCAGCUUUUCGUAAUAAAUCUCUAAUAAAGGCCCAAGUUAAUGUUUAAAAACUUGCUGGAAGGAAGGGAAUGAGGCUGCCCAAAAUGGGGAAAAACACACACUUUUUAGUGACAGAAUGAGGAAUUUCCAAUUAAAGCAUUUAAAGGCUUUAAAGAGAGGCAUUAUCAGUGCAGGCAAGCAUUGCAACAUGUGUGGGCAACAACAUCUUUCAACAGCUCCCAGGAACACGCCCAUCUUUAACCGUGACGAGUUCGUUGACCCUGCAGGGAAGGUUCAGGGGUAUGAAGUUCUAGUCGUUGGUGGGGGUCAUGCCGGCUGUGAGGCGGCAGCAGCUGCGGCAAGGAUGGGCAGGAACACACUGCUGCUUACUCACAAAAUCUCAACCAUAGGAGAGAUGUCCUGUAAUCCAUCGUUCGGUGGUGUCGGUAAGGGUCACCUGAUGAGGGAAGUGGACGCCCUGGACGGCCUUUGUGCAAGGAUUUGUGAUGUGUCUGGAACCCACUAUAAAGUUAUAAACAAGAGUAAAGGCCCUGCAGUCUGGGGCCCACGUGCCCAGAUAGACCGAGGACUGUACAAGAGGUUCAUGCAGGAUGCCAUACUGUCCCAGCCAAACUUGACUGUUCUUCAGGCCCCUGUGGAGGACCUCUUCUUAGAGGAGGCACCUCAAGGGGACAGUGCAGUGUGCAAGUAUGUCUGCAGAGGUGUAGUUCUUGAGUCGGGUGAUGUUGUCCGCAGCCAGACAGUGGUGAUUACCACAGGAACAUUCCUGCGUGGGUGUAUCAACAUCGGGCUCUCUGUACGACCUGCAGGCAGGGUUGGGGAUGAGCCCGCAGUGGGACUUGCACGGAGUCUCGAGACUGCUGGAUUCAGGAUGGGACGGCUUAAGACAGGGACACCACCUCGACUGGACAAGAAUACCAUAGACUUCUCCAGAUGUUCAGUACACAAGGCAGACGACCCACCGGAACCUUUCUCCUACCUUAACCAGUCUGUCACCAUACAGGGCAGGGCCCAGCUAGACUGUCACAUGACGCAUAUGGGUCCAGAGAUCGAGAAGCAUGUGCAUGACAGUCUUCACCUGAACAGGCACGUGCGCGAGGAGGUCGGGGGUCCCAGAUUCUGCCCCUCGUUGGAGAGCAAAGUUUUGCGGUUCCCAGGCCGGAGUCAUCAAGUUUGGCUGGAACCAGAAGGGUUUGACAGUGACCUCAUCUACCCCAAUGGCCUUGGUUGCACCAUGCCAGAAGAAUACCAACAGAAAAUCAUCAGCACCAUACCGGGCCUUGAGGACUCUAAAAUCGUAACACCAGGCUAUGGUGUGGAAUAUGACUUCAUUGAUCCACGACAACUGAGGCCAACUCUUGAAACGUUUCCUAUUGCCAACCUGUUCUUGGCUGGACAGAUCAACGGCACUACAGGGUAUGAGGAGGCCGCAGCACAGGGUGUGAUAGCGGGCAUCAAUGCAGGUCUGGUAGGAGGGGACAGGGAACCAUUCAUAGUAGACCGGACUGAGGGCUAUAUAGGGGUUCUGAUUGAUGACCUGACCACACACGGGACUAAUGAGCCAUACAGGAUGUUCCCCAGUCGGGCAGAGUUCAGACUGUCACAAAGGGCAGAUAAUGCUGACGUCAGACUGACCAAGAAAGGAUACAAUACUGGUUGUGUGAGUGAAGAACGGUACACAAGGGCCCAAACCAUGACAGAUGCACUUCAGGAUGGGUUGGCCCUUCUCUCUUCCAUACAUCUAGGUCGAGGACAGUGGGACAAACUCUUGGGCAAGGAAUGGUCACCUGACAAGGUCAAGAUACGAAGUGGUUUGGAGGUUCUACAAGGCACGGACAUUGAUGAGCUGGUACAAGCCCUUCCCCGGGAGCUGGGAUAUCUGAAUGAUAAUCCUGUACUCAAGACACGCAUACAGAUUGAAGGACGUUACAAGGUAGAAGUUGAGAAACAACAGGAGGAAAUAGAAGAGGUUCGCAGAGACGAGCAACUAACACUGCCGCAAGACAUUGACUACAUGAGUAUACCACAGUCCAGAUGUUUGCCGCCAGACGUUCGAAUGAAGCUGGCUGAGUCAAGACCUCAUACAAUUGGAGCAGCUAGUAGAAUCCCUGGCAUGACCCCAGCAGCCCUAGUGCACUUGCUAAAAUAUGUGAAAGUCAGGCAUGGGGCUCAGAUAUUCAGUCAAGUACCUUGAUGAUCAUUUUCUCUAGAUUGUACAUUUGUUUCUAUUUGUCUUUGUGUUAUGAAUGUAUACGUUGAUAAAUAAAAACAAAAA